ACUAGGCCAUCCCCGCUCUAGGCAGCCCAACCCUCGCUCUCCGCGCAUGCGCAGGCAGGAAGCGGGCUAUGUCACCGGAAGCCGGGUGAAAGGCGCUGGGCCUCUUGUUCCUUCCUUUUCCGGUCGGGGAGCCAUCGCAGCCGGAGUGUCGAGAUGGGGAAGUUUAUGAAGCCGGGGAAGGUGGUGCUGGUCCUGGCCGGGCGCUAUUCGGGGCGCAAAGCCGUCAUCGUGAAGAAUAUCGAUGAUGGCACCUCAGACCGACCCUACAGUCAUGCCCUCGUGGCUGGUAUUGAUCGGUAUCCACGGAAGGUAACCACUGCAAUGGGCAAGAAAAAGAUAGCAAAGAGAUCCAAGAUCAAAUCUUUUGUGAAGGUGUACAACUACAACCACCUCAUGCCUACCAGGUAUUCCGUUGAUAUUCCUCUGGACAAAACUGUUGUCAAUAAGGAUGUGUUCCGGGACCCUGCACUGAAACGCAAAGCACGACGUGAAGCCAAGGUGAAAUUUGAGGAAAGAUACAAGACAGGCAAGAAUAAGUGGUUUUUCCAGAAGCUACGAUUCUAAAUUUUGAAUGGCUGCAUCAAUAAAUGUUUAUUAAAAACCA